UGUACCUAUGCCAACAUUACUUAGACUUAGACACCCUAACAACACAUCCUUUUCGGUAGUUUCAGUAUGCCUCGUUCAUCAUUGCCGCAAGAUAUCGUCCUUCUGCUUUGUCAAGAGCUGGCGUUCCGAUGUGACUUUGCCACGCUAUUCCAGUGCUCUCUAGUCAGUCGAAGAGUAGCAAGCCUUGCCAUAGAGCAACUUUACGGUGUCCAGGAACUGUCGCCCAUUAACCAACCUGAAACAUUCAGCCUGAAAAAACUGGCAAGAUUAUGGCGCUCAAUACUUUUGUCGAGUAUUGGGCAGACGAUUUACCCGUACUGCACCUAUAUCCGGUCUUUGUCUCUUGGGAACUACGGAUCGCUGCUUGAAGACAUCUGGAAUAAUAAGGAUGUUACUCUUCUAGAACCUCAAGAUGAGAUCAAACAAUUUGUAGUUCUUCGUGGGAAUCAAACGCUGAAAAGACCGACCAGGAGCCAGGCUAUGCCCCUGUUUGACUUUCAGCAAUCUAUGAUCGAGGCUGGAGAGGCAAUCACGCAAUGCGUCAAGCAGGCGGCGGACCAGACUGAAACAUCUGUGACUCUUGUACACCUGGAGGUCACCAUGAUACCACGAGAGAUUCUGCCGGUUUGGCUUACCCGCCUCCCAUCGCUACAGUCCCUUCAUCUACAGGAUGGAUCAUCACUGACAGCGGAAGCUGCGAGUGCAAUAGCCCAGUGGUGCCCCAAAUUCUCUGAAUUUCGGUGCUUGACGUGUCGAGGCGACGAGAUUGACGAGAACGUAGCGCGGUUCUUCCAGAUUCUGCGACCGAAUACCUUGCAAUGCUUUGAGAUCAUCAGCUUCAACGACAUUGGUGAACAAACAUUGAUUGCCCUGAAUGCUCAUGCGGUGUCACUUAAAGUCCUCACGCUAGGUAGCUUACCAGGCGCCGUGAUGAGCUCUUUGAACGUUCUUCCUGCUUGUGUGGCUUUAGAGAGUCUCAGUCUCGAAAGCCAGCGGCAUAAUCCCUGUGACUUAGCUGGCAACGAAACGGUCCUAAAGGAAAUAGCUUCUUGGAUUCAGAAUUGCACAAAACUCCGUAAUUUGACGCUCACCAAUAUCAGAGAUGGCCUCCUCGUUGUCAAGGAUGUUCUUAACUCGCCUGGUAUCCGGCUGCGUGCGCUGGAUCUGCAAGGCUUCAGUUCACAUGGUGAGGAGGUGGAUGUUGCCGCCUGGAAAGCGCUUGCUCAGCAGGACGAGCUCGAGGACCUUGCUAUCGGUGGUCUGGACGGAAUGCCGGAUGCGUUGAUCAUACAUGAGACGCCGCCAUUGGCAGAGUCAAUCUGCAAGCUGAACAAUCUCAAAUCACUCGAUUUAAAGAGGGCAUCGGUUCGUGCGAUUGAACUCCGCAAAAUAAUUAUGGCUCUCCCAGCAUUGACAAAUCUGAGCUUCGGUGGUGAUUGGAUCGAUGACCAGAUUCUUGAAUCACUUGGCACGAUACGGCACCUUCAGAACUUGCUCGUUAAUGCAUUGUCGGUGUUCACGUUCGAAGGCCUUCAGACAUUUGCUCAAAACCUUGAUCCGGAGCGGCAAAAGGGGAUUGUCGUUGAGAUCAACAAUCAGAUAGGGAACUGGAAAUUCAAUGAAGACGAGGAGGCUUGGCUUGUCAGCCACUUUGUCAAUGUCCUUGGAGGAAGGAUUGAUAUUGGUGUAUUUAAAGAUCCCGAUGAGGCUCACGAGGGUGACUUCUCAUCAGACUCGGACUAAACCAACCAGGGAUAAGCGACAAUAUACUACGCUACUUCACAGGCGUUCAACCAAGACCAGAAUUUGUAGGAUACGAAGAGUACAGGACAACAUUUGACAGACAUAAUGUAGAACCGGCAAAGACCAUAUAUUACAGCAAGCAUAGCCGGAGUGCUAGUCUAAGAUUUUCCCA